AACUAUAAUUACAUUACUUGGGAGUUUUUGACCUUCCAGAAACGACAACUAGAAUCAAACCCAGCUUCUUCUUAUGUGCCCUCGUCUCGUCUCCGACUCCACAACACUCAUAACCUUUCAUUACUUACAAAUUUAGGGUUUCUUCGUGUGCUUGGAAAUUCCGAGGGUUUCUCGCAUCACAGGUGUUUCAGUGGAACAUCUGGGAAUUAAGUUAUGCCCCCAUUUGUUACGGCUAUGAAUUCUUCAGACGGGAAACCAGAAUCCAACAUACUCACCAUUAAUGUCGGUGGCCAAAUCUUCCAGACUACAAAACACACCCUUGCCCUAGCUGGUCCCAGUUCCCUCUUCUCCCGCCUCGCUGACCCAACUCAGCUUGGCCCCAGGUUCGUCGACCGAGACCCCGAUUUGUUCUCCGUCCUUCUCUCUCUUCUCCGCACGGGCAAUCUUCCAUCCAAGGCCAGAGCUCUUGAUCUUCAAGACCUCAUCGAAGAAUCCAAAUUCUACGGCGUAUAUUUGCUGUUGCUUAAUUCUUUGUCCAACCCUUGUCAAUUUGAUGCCUUCAAUCUCGAAAAAUCCCAGCUUUUGCUGUUGAACGGCAGGGAUUCGCCUUCCACGAUCGCCACGACGCCCCAUGGGACCCUCCACGUCGCCCACGGUUGCAAGAUCACCUCAUUUGAUUGGUCUUUGAGACGUAAAUCCACCAUCUUGACCCACUUCUCUGCUGUCGAUUCUCUUUUAGCUCUCUCUCCGCAGAUUGCAGCUGCCGGGGCCACAGAUUUUUCUGGUCUGCAAAUACUCGAUCUUGACAGCGGCUUCGUUAAAAAAACUUUGAGUUGGGAAAAUGUUACCAAGUCUGGUUCUACUGUUCAAGCAAUUGGUUCUUCACCUGAAUUUCUCUUUACUAGUUUUGAAUCGGGUCGAAGAAACUCGAAUACGAUAAUGGUAUAUGAUCUGCAUACCUUAAGCCCUGUCAUUGAGAUUGGUCACUGUGAGAUAUAUGGUGCUGAUAUUGACUCAGCUAUACCAGCCACCAAAUUGAGCUGGGUUCCUAGUAAUAGUUUGCUUAUGGCAUCAGGGUCUCACAGCGGCCCAUCAGGUGUGACGGGUAACAUAAAGUUUUGGGAUAUAAGGAGUGGGAAUGUAGUCUGGGAGAUAAAGGAGAAGGUGGAUUGCUUUUCAGAUGUUACUGUGUCUGAUAACUUGUCAGGAGUUUUUAAGGUUGGUGUUAAUUCAGGAGAAGUUUGGUAUGCCGAUCUAAGGAAGUUAGGAGCUGAGAAUCCAUGGGUUUGCCUUGGUGAUAGGAGGAAGAUGAUGAAUGGGAAGAAGGAAGGAUACAAGUGCAAGAUUGAGAAGCAGGGAAAUCAAGUGUUUUGCAGUAAGGGGGGGGAAAUAGAAGUGUGGUCUGAGAUAUUGAUGGGUUCAUCAAGUAGUAGAGAAGAUGGAUUGGAAGGAAGGGUUUUUAGAAAGAAUUUGAUGGGGAGAGGCAAGGACUUGGGAGGAAACAGGAUCACUAACUUGGCUUUUGGUGGGAACAAAAUGUUUGUGACAAGGAAAGAUGAGCAGUGUGUAGAGGUUUGGCAAAGUACAGUGAGAGGAUUCUGAAGCACCUAAUCGGAAUUGGCAUUAGGGGAACAUCAGUUCUUUGUAGAUCACUUCUUGAUUCGUUUGAUUAAAUUUUUCAUUCUGAACGAUUAUGUAGUUGUAAUUUAGCAAGCCUGUAAUUGUUCAUAAAGGAUUAGUUCUAUUCAGGAUAUUUACUAAUUCCCUAAAA